AUUCCUUUCUUAAAACUCUAGUAGAGCUUUCAAAUUUCGAGUUUUAAAGUUCUUAUCAAAUGGCUAAUCUCUCACUCAUGCUGCCUCUUUUAGCUCUUUCACUUCUAGCUGUCUUUGCAGCUGAUGCUACUACUCUCCAAGAUUUUUGCGUGACAAAUCCAAUAGGCCAAGGUAUAUAAUUUACAAGUACAAAUAUAUGAGUAUCUUUUUACUAGUUAACAACAAUGAACUAAUUCACAUUUUGUUCUUCUCAAAUUUCAAGAUUCUAACACUUUUGUGCAUUUGAUCAAUUAUGGAAUUGUUAGGGAAUUCAUUAUGCAAGGAUCCUAAACUUGUUGAGGCAAAUGACUUCUUCUUUAGUGGCCUUCACAUAGCAGGCAACACUACUAAUGCUGCUGGGUCAAAAGUAACUCCAGUCUUUGCAGCUCAGCUACCUGGAUUGAACACACUAGGGAUCUCAAUGGCUCGUGUCGAUAUAGCACCAUGGGGUGUUAACCCUCCUCACUCACAUCCUCGCGCUACUGAAAUAUUCACUGUUCUCGAAGGCACGUUAGAAGUUGGAUUCAUCACUUCAAAUCCAGAAAACCGCCACUUUAGUAAAGUUCUACAUAAGGGAGAUGUGUUUGUGUUUCCUAUAGGGCUCAUUCACUAUCAAAGAAAUAUCGGACAUGACAAUGUUAUUGCAAUCGCUGCUCUUAGUAGCCAGAAUCCGGGAGCUAUCACUAUUGGCAAUGCAGUGUUUGGUGCUACACCUGAAAUAGCUAGUGAAGUGCUUAUUAAGGCUUUUCAGCUGGAGAAGAAUGCCAUCAACUAUUUGCAGUCUAAGUUUUAGAAUCAUGACGGAAAAUUAAUUACACUGCUUACUCUUGUUUUACACUUUGCUCAGUUUGUUUAAUCAUUUGGGGUGUGUAUUUGAUAUCUUUUUUGUUUGUAUGUUUCAUCAUUUGUUGGUCUUCCAUAUUUUGGAUGGUAUUUUACUAUCUAUUGUUUUGAACUUAGUGUUAAGUGGUUUGCCA